AGUAGUAAUUCAGAUUUGGUCAACGGUUCUAGUCAUUUUCCUCCAAAAGUAUUCCUUCCAAAAAUAAUGUUCAAAUUAGGUAGCAUAUAUACCAUACUGUUCAAAUUAGGUAGCAUAAAGAGAAAAGUGAAAUUUAGUAGUAUAGACCUAAACAGCCCCCCCGCUUUUUUUUUUUUUUGAAUACAGUGUCUCGCACUCCUGCCUGGGUUGGAGUGCAGUGACAUGAUCUUGGUUCACUGCAACCUCCACCUCCCAGGUUCAAGUGAUUUUCCUGCAUUAUUAGCCUCUUGAGUAGUUGAGAUUACAGGCGCCUGCCACCAUGCCCAGCCAAUUUUUUUUUUUUUGGUAUUUUUAGUAGAGAUGGGAUUUCACCAUGUUGGCCAGGCUGGUCUCAAACCCCUGACCUUGUGAUUCACCUGCCUCAGCCUCCCAGAGUGCUGGGAUUACAGGUGUGAGCUACUGUGCCCGGCCAUGAACCCCUCCCUUUUUUUUAAAGAGUGCUUUUGAAAUAAGCAUCCACCUCAAAUAUUGGUUGUAUUUAUGCUGUGAUAAAAAUAGGUGAGAGAUCAUAUGAUCUAAUAUUAUAUUGAUGAGGUAUAAGUAGUAUAAUAGUGAAUGUUCAAGCAUGCAGUAAAGACUACUGUUUUUUUGUUUCGUUUUUUUUUUUUUUGAGAUGGGAGUCUUACUGUCACCCAGGCUGGAGUGCAGUGGCGUGAUCUUGGCUUACCACAACCUCUGUCUCCCAGGUUUAAGCAGUUCUGCCUCAGCCUCCUGAGUAGCGGGGGUAACAGGUGUGUGCUACCAUGCCUGGCUAACUGUUUGUAUUUUUAGUAGAGAAAGGGUUUCACUGUUAGCCAAGAUGGUCUCAAUCAUCUGACCUCGUGAUCCACCAUGCCCAGCCAAAGACUACUCUUAAAGCACUUUUUUUUGACAGUGAUCAUGCUCUAAUGAAAUAUAUUGUAGAAGAUUUCACACACACACACACACACACACACACAACUGAAGAUACUAAUGAAUUACAUUUCCAAAACUUUCUACAGAGAGCUAAUUCCUUUAUCCCCAAAUUGUGGUACAUAAAAAACCUGGCAUUUUUUUCUGGUAAGUUUACAUUUUUAGGAGAGUGGAGCUUUCAGUCUGCCCUUUUCUCCUUUUUGUAGUUUUCACUGAAGAUGAUCAACUAGAAAUGUUAGGUGGGUGUGCAAGCAAAAGCAUAGAUAGGUUAAAGAAAGAUCCAGUGGCUGGGCAUGGUGGCUUAUGUCUGUAAUCUCAGCAUUCUGGGACACUGAUGUGGAGGACUGUUUUAGGCUAGGAGUUCCAGUUUGAAACCAGCUUAGUAAACACAGUGAGACCCAGUCUACCAAAAAAAAAAAAAAAAAAAACAACAAAAAAACCUCAAACACAUGGCAAGAUGAGGAAAUGGGAAGACUACCUUUUUUCUGGCAGCUAUGUGCUGUGUUUCAAAGAUGGCAACUGUACAACCAAACCACUUGCUUACAGAAACAAUGUUUAGUGUAGUAAGACUAAUUUCAAAACAGAUGAAACAGCUAUUACAAAGUACAAAUUAAUCAGCUGAACAUUAAUGCUGUUGUCUGCUCAUAUGAGAUGAAGAUUCUUUCAUAAACUCACGUUGCUUAGAAUUCAUAUAACAAAGAACUAACCUUAUAACUGCUCUCUAGUCUGCCUUAUUUCUGUCAUAGAGUGAGAUAUUCCUUGAAAGCCCAUUAAGUAGAAUAGACUUUAUGAAAAUAGAGAUAUUUACCUCAGUCUUCCUUUAAUUUGGUUGAGAGGAGGCAAUAAACAUGGGGACAGGAUAAAAGGUGGCAACUAAAUUUAAAGCACAGAAGAAAUUAUUUCCUUCUAGCUAUGAGAAGAGUAAAAUUGAGCUUGCCAGGAGAGGUAAUGGCUGUCUCAUUCCUAACACAUAAAAUUUAGCCACUAAAUUGCUAAGGAGAUCAUCGUUUAAGUCCAACCCCUGCAUAGUAGACAGGAAGUAUGGGGAGGGAGAAGUGCUUUUCCCUUCCCAGUAAUUUUAAAAUGUGUGUGUGUGUAGUUUACCAGGUUUUCAUGGCGAAUUUUUUACAAUGGAAGACAGGAAUCCAUUUGAUGUCUAUCUUCAGAUAUAUUGGCAGUUUUCCUUAAACUAUUUAGUUCCUCAUCUGUUGCUUUUUCAUUUUGUAUACUGCAAGUUUCCAGGCAACUCAAAUUUGCAAACACAGCUAUAGAGACACUAUUUACCUUACAGUAGUUACCUGGGAAUCUAAGUCUCUGGUUUUUGUUAUUCUUUCCUCCCCUCCAUUGUGUAAUCAUGUGUGACUAGCAACACUUAUGGUAGGUUGAUUUCCUCAGUGUGGCUGAUGGUAGCCUCUAGUUUGAAGUGAGGGAAGAAUGAGUAGUCAGGAACUGGUCACUUAGAAUGUGGGAGGAAAGAUACUCAUGACAAGGUUUUCUAUGAUAAAGCUGUUUCCUUCUCGUUUGGCAUGCAUGUUAGAUGGCAGAGACCAAGAAUUCAAGAUGGUCGGUGGCCAGAUUUUUGUAGACAGAGAUGGUGUUUUAUUUAGAUUCAUCUUAGAUUUUCUGAGAACUCACCAGCUUUUAUUACCCACUAACUUUUCAGACUAUGUUAGGCUUUUGAGAGAGGCUCUUUUCUAUGAACUUCAUUCUCUGGUUGAUCUCUUAAACCCAUACCUGCUACAGCCAAGACCUGCUCUUGUGGAGGUGCAUUUCCUAAGCCAGAACACUCAAGAUUUUUUCAGGGUGUUAGGCUCCUGCAGCAAAACAAUUGAGAUGCUAACUGGGAGGAUUACAAUGUUUACAGAACAACCUUCAGCACCAACCUGGAGUAGUAACUCUUUCCCACCUCAGAUGACCUUACUUCCACUGCCUGCCACAAAGACCUUCUUCCAUGACCUGGUUUUCCAGGUCUGACAACCAGACUGGUGUCAGGUAUUUUGUACUUUGCAGUAUCUCUCUUGUAUAUCAGGUUGUGAUGUUUCCCUCAAAAUUUGAAGUUUCUCAGGCCUGCCACUUCUCCUGUAAAAGAUGAUUAUUCAAAAUCAUGUUUUGGGGUAACUAGUGGAGUUGGAAAUGACCAAAUAAUUAUUUUCCAAACUGGGAUACAUUUUAGAAGGAAAGGGGCUACUAGGUGGGACAAAAUGAAUAAAUGAAGACUGCCUAGAAAAAACUGGGACUAUGGACAUUCAAAUAAUGGGAGAAAAUAAUUUUAUAGAUUAUGUUCCAUUGCUAAUGAAUUGAACUUAGAAAAGAAUUGCGUUAUUUUUAAAAGAUUCUUUCAGUGGUUCACAUAAAGGCUUACUCACUGGUUUCUCUUGAUUUCUUAUACACUAUAUAAUUUGUUCUUUCAGUUCUUAUGAUUCAACUACUGUUUUUUAUUCAGCUGACUUUAUUUUUAAACAUCCUUAAAGACAUAUCUCAUGGCAAAUUUGGUAUCCUGUUACAGCCUUGGCUCUUAAACAACUCAAAAUAUUGGGAUAGGCUGUCAGUAUGUUAAGGAUAGUUGCUCCUGAGUUAAUUCUUUACUUUCUCCCUCUGUUAUUCUUGGCUGGAUCCUAAGACUGAUUUCCACUCUGCUGUCACAAACAUUUCUUCCCCCUGUAAAAUGUCUUAAUGCUGUCCUACCAUUAUUUUACCAACUGUGAAAGCUGGCUUUAAUUUUUUUUUUUUUUUUUGAGAUGGAGUUUCGCUCUUGUUACCCAGGCUGGCGUGCAAUGGCGCAAUCUUUCGGCUCACCGCAACUUCCACCUCCUGGGUUCAGGCAAUUCUCCUGCCUCAGCCUCCUGAGUAGCUGGGAUUACAGGCACAUGCCACCAUGCCCAGCUAAUUUUUUUGUAUUUUUAGUAGAGACGGGGUUUCCCCAUGUUGACCAGGAUGGUCUCGAUCCCUUGACCUCGUGAUCCACCUGCCUCAGCCUCCCAAAGUGCUGGGAUUACAGGUGUGAGCUGGCUUUCAUUUUUAGGAGGAAAAGAAAAUCCUGCAUGUGUUCUUUAUUGGUAGCAUUUAAAAUAUACUUUUUUUGGUAAGGGUAGCCAUAUUUUAAGAUAUUUUCUUAACUUCAGCAGUAGCCAACAGGAAGGAUACCAGUGUCUCUCUUAACAACACAUCCUUUGGUCUUGCUUACCAACUGGAGGACACUAGGUAAUAUAACCAUGUAUGACCAUUCUUAAGUGUUUACAAUUUAUAACUUCCUGUCCAUCCAAAGAGGUUGAAAUAUUUUGGGGAAAAAAGAGCUAGCUAAGCUAGUAGGUUGAUUGUGAAGAAAACCGAAUGCCUUAUCUUUAUCUCAAACCUCAGUACAACUUUAUUAUCAUUGAUGGGAUACUUAAGAAAACGAUCAUUUUUUUGGUUUUUAAAAUUUGAGUGAUUAUGACCUCUUUGGGGAUCAUGCUUCAAAAAGUCAGAAACCUAAAGAAAAAAAGUGUCAUUGAUUUUAAGAAGAAACACAGUAGGUCAAAAGAAGAUGUCCUGGAAAUACAAAAUAAUCUUUAAAAACCAUAAAUUUGGAGAAAGUAAUUGUUACUUGAAAAACAUGACUAGAAACUAAAACUGGGAUUUUAGUGUGUACACAGUGCCAAAUGGUUUCCCCUUUUUAUGUUACAUGUUUGUGUUUUAGAAAGAGCACAAAAGUUUUACCCAUCAUAAUGUAAGAAAGACAUUAAAUUUAGACGUCCAUAAUAAUUCCAAAACCAGAAGCUAUUUUAAAAUUAGCAUGUACUUGCAUCACCAAAUGGUAUUCAAUUGUUUGAAGCUCAAAAUUUUUUCCAUAAAUGUUUGUCAAUUUUUAGACAGUACCAAUGUAAAAGUAGAGAUAGCCAAUCCGAAUACAGUGACAUUAUGGGUAUCUCCAGUGAUUGGGAUGAAAACUCUGGCCUUAAAAGGUCCACCUGUAGUAUAUAAUUGCCUAACUAGCAAUAAUUUUUAUUUUUUGCUCACUCCCUGGUCUAAAUCUGUCUAUUCAGAUAUUUUUGGAAGGUUUGGAAAAUGGAGAAGUGAGCCUAAAUGGUGCCCAAUCGUCUGGUGUAUCAUUCACCAUAUUCAUUUUGUGCCAUCAAUAUGUUUUAUCACUCAGGGUUAUCCUAGCAGGUUGCUCUGUUAUUAUCUCUCAAGUUCACAGUACUAGAAGUACUUCGCUUGCAUCUUUCAGAUGGCCUUUCAUGUGAUACCACGUUAUCAAUCUCAAGUUAUGGUUGGUCACAGGAUUCUAGAGUCUUUAUUUGACUUCUUUUUGAACUGGCUCAAAUGGAAAAGUGUAGUUGCUUUUAAAUUUUAAAAAUAAGUUUAGACUUUCUACUUCUUAUUCGUUUCUUCUAUUCUGUCCUUUCUUUGUGUGCCCUGAAAUCUUUUUAUUUUUCAAUUUGUCCUCAAAGGGAGUCAAGUAUUUUUUAGUUGGUGAUUUCUUGCAAGUACAUUCCACUUUGUUACCACCUACUAUCUGUAUAUACUAUUUGUAUCUUAAUUCUUUUAUGAGAUAUUCUGUAACAUUUUUUCUCUUAGACAAACAUUUCUAGACUAUACAGUCAAGAUCUGGGGCUUGGGGGUAAAUGAAAUGAUUUGCUAAUAUUGAGAAUCUGUUGUAUCAAACAUAAUAAACAUUUUUUGAGAUGUG